AUGAUCAUACUAUCAAUGAAAAGAAGGUACAAUCAUUUGUUGGUAUUACUAUCAUUGACAGUUUAUGUAUCUAGGCAAUCAACAGUUAGUUCGGCUGUAGAACGCGGUAAUGACUGUCCAGAAAGUCAACCUUGGCCUUGUCGAACACCUAGAAUAUGUCUAUCUUUUGAUUUUAUUUGUGACGGAGAACCAGAUUGUCCAGAUGAAUAUGAUGAGGAUCCUGAAAUGUGUACGGCGAAGUUAAGGCCAGCACAAGAACAUUUAGCUGGAUUUAUACAUCGUUAUCAAAAUUGGCUAGUACCAAAGUUUUUAGGAUAUGGAACGCCGGAAGAAUUAGCUGCCAAACUUGUUGAAAGUAAAACAGUAUCAGAUUAUGCAAGAGCAGCAAAAUUAAAUGAGACACAAUUAAAAAAUUUAAUUAAAUUAAUGGAAGGUGUAAAAUCUGGCAAAGAAAUGGAAUUAUUUUUAUUGGGUAUGCCAUUAGGUGCAUGGAGUGAAUUAUAUACGUUAUUUCAUCGUAUUUAUAUUAGUGGAUUUUUAGAUAAUUUAGAACCAGCUGAAAAUUUUCAAUCAUUAAAUCGACAACAAAAAGAAGAAUUUUGGAGAAAUCAUAUUUAUCAACAAGUUAAACGUUUUCUUUAUUAA